ACAAGACUCGGACCACGCGAAGGGCACGAGAGCGUUGUCAGUUUACUCGUUGCGUGACAGUGGAGUUGUGCAAGUCACGCACCUUUCCGAAAGGUCUACCAAGUAGAUGGAUACCGCAACGCAGCUGACGCAAGGUGCGUGCACCUUCGGAGACGCGGACCGGUGCGCGUCGAUCACCCUUCAAGAGUGCGCGUUCGCGAGCGCAGACGCGAGUCAAACCAAGCUGAAGGUGCUGAAAAGACAGCGCUCCAGCUCGCCGGAGCUUUUACGCUGCAAACGGAGACUCACGUUCAACGGGCUGGGAUACACCAUCCCGCAACAGCAGCCCGUGGCGGUUGCGCGACGCAACGAGCGCGAGAGAAACCGCGUCAAACAGGUCAACAUGGGCUUCCAGACGCUGCGCCAGCACGUCCCCAACGGCGCGGCCAAUAAGAAGAUGAGCAAAGUGGAGACGCUCAGGUCGGCGGUGGAGUACAUCCGUGCGUUACAGCAGCUGCUGGACGAGCACGACGCGAUCUCGGCCGCGUUUCAGUGCGGCGUUCCGUCGCCGACGGUCUCCAAAGCAUACUCCGCCGACCCAGAAUCACCUCACUCCUCUUACUCCUCGGAUGAUGGGAGCUACGAGCACCUGAGCUCCGAAGAUCAAGAGCUACUGAACUUCACCACUUGGUUUGAUCGGUACUGAUCCGAGAUCAGAGAAGCCAACUUUCCUUGGGACCACUAGGUGCUUGAUUUAGAGCUUGGACUCUUCUUUACUGACUAUACAAAUGCUGCUUCGUUGACUCGGUGGGCAGCAGUUUUGGGUGCUUUGGCUUAGCGCUUAAAGAUCUGGACUGUGGUUGUAGGUUCGAAUCCCAGGGGGCUCGAUGAGAGUCCCUACCUUAAAAUAUUUGACUUUGAAUGAAAGUGUCUGCCAAAUGAACACAUGUAGAUCAGAGUCUUGUCCGGAAUCAAGCCAGUUCAAGGAUUUUUUUGUCAUAACUGCUGGAUGGACUCAAUUUCAUAAGUGCAAUUUCGGGCAUUGCGUGGCCGUCGCUUGAUGUCCCUUACAUGAAACAAACUUCCCCGUGAAUGUCAAGCUAAACGGAAUAUUGAUUUUUGUACCUGCAACCAACGGUCUGGUCUGCCUGAAGACCGAUGUUGAAAUGUGUAUUAUAACGUUUUGUAUUAUGAAAGAUGAAGAUAUAUUUUUGUAAACCGAGCGCAAAAAAGUCUGCCUCUUUGUGACAAUGAACGCAGUUAGUUUAUUGUAACAGUGUCCGUUUAGAAAAAGUUGUAACGCUGGAGAACCUCUGAUCUGUGGAUCUGUAUUUAUCAAAAUUAUAUUGUUUAGUUCUUCCUGUGAAACUACAGAUGCACUUGUUUG